UUCGUUUAGUCACGUGACCCCCGUGUGUUCGUCGUGUCCUCGUUAGAUUACAGGCUAACUGCUGCGGCGUUAACAUGUUCCGAGCGGUUUUCCGACUUUCAGGCAUAUCGGGUCCAAGUUUUGUCCGGUUCCGAACACGCUGCUCAGCUCCUCUGGCCUUCAGAAGUUACUCCCAUGGUCAGGUGGAAACAGAUGAAGAGUUUGAUACCCGCUGGGUCACUUACUUCAGCAAGCCGGACAUCGAUUCUUGGGAACUGAAGAAAGGCAUGAACACCCUGAUUGGGUAUGACCUGGUACCAGAGGCCAAAAUCCUGGAUUCAGCACUCAGGGCUUGUCAGCGACUGGAUGACUUGGCCAGUGCUGUCCGCAUCCUGGAGGCGGUCAAGGACAAAGCAGGUCUUCACAAAAACAUCUAUCCAUACCUGAUCCGCGAGCUGAAGCCCACCCUGACAGAACUUGGCAUCUCCACACCAGAAGAACUCGGCAUUGACAAAUUAUAGAUAGUCGAGGUGAGACAACGUGAUGCAGGCUGAAGGACGUCUUUAGCAUGAAUCGGGCUCUAGCAGGGCUCCAAAUUAAUGUUACUCCUCACUGUCCCAAAUUCUACUUUCUUUUGUCCCCGACUGAACCAGAGAAAAAUAUAAAUCUAGCUUACGAACCUUGUUUUCAUAACUUGCUUCUGAACACUUAGUGGAGAAGCUUGAAUCUUCGACUGGACUGGGUUGCUUGACGUGAGGACGUUUCGCUUCAAAUCGCAGAAGCUUCCUCAGCUAAAAUUCUUGCUCUGGUAGUCUGACUUCUGUCUU